AUGAAACUCACUGAUGAUAACUUCCUAUCUUACGGAGAUUGGAAGGAGUUCAUUACAGAUGUGAACAAAGCAUUUGGCGAUGAAAAUAUUGAAGAAACCGCUUGUACCUUGCUGCAUAACAUCAAGCAAGGGACUCGUACCGUGGACGACUACAUUGCCGAAUUCCAAUCACUUGAAUCUAAGGCGAAAUUAGAGGAUGCCGGAAAUAUCGAGUAUUUCAAGUGGGGGCUUAAUAACCCACUCCGACAAAGGAUAUAUGGGAUGGAAAGCAUGCCCAAGACACUUGACAAGUGGUACAAAUAUGCCUCGCAGUUUGACAACCAAUGGAGAUCUGCUCAGAUCUUCAAGUGA